AUGGUCGACUCAGCCAGCGACACUUCAGUCUCAGACGAGCUGCGGGAAGAUCAGCGGAUUUGGGCCCAAGGAGAUUUGGUUAUCAAGGGGUUUAGAAGACUGGCCGAAAAAUGUGUACGAAGUGGACAUCCUGAUCGCACAACUAUCGAACACACUCUAUCCACCCGCUCCGUCGAGGAACGCUCAAAGUCCUCCCACUCCAGCAGUGCCCAAGAACUUCCAUCUCCUUGCUUCUACCACCAGGUGAUCUCUUUAGAGAUCCGCCUUGCAUCUUUCCAUUCUUCCAUUGGGCAGUCAACCGGCGGCUACUGGCCUGCACCCCUUGCGCUCCUCAGAAGCCAGCUACUUGCCUCCUCCUCAUUCUCCAUACCAUCAGACACGCUGACUGUCGCUUACUUACGCUUGGAGGCAAUCCAAUUCUACGCCAGCCUGUCUCCGAAAAACAAGCGCAUCUCGCAAUGGUCAAUCAUCAACAACCAGCUCAAGUUCCUCCGCCACCAGGAGCCCAUCUACCAACAAGCGUUUUUUGGCCUGAUGGCCAAGAAAGAUAGCAAGCUGUUUGGCUCUGGCCAGGCUUACUUUAGGGACUUGGAAACCAAUGUUGAUUGGGAGAUGCCCAUUGACAAGCAUAUCCGCCAACGCGCUGAACACCUCCACAAAUCCUUCUAA